AUGAGAAUUGUCUCUUCUUCACAAUAUUUGCGUCCCUUAGUUUUUGAGAUCAGGAUUUGUGAUCAAGGCAUAUCCAUACCCAUACCCAUAAUCCCAAAUCCCACUCCUGAUCCCACGCCUUCCCCACAGGUGGUCCCACUCAGCCUCGCCGCUGACUCUGAGAGCGUUCGUCCGUCGAGUAGGAUCGUGGGACGUGCCGACAAAUCCUCCGGAAUCGGGCCAAAAGCCGCGCUGGCCCCCAACGCCUGGUCGAAUGAGUUCCCCUCAGAGAUCGACGUCGCAUUCCAGUUCACCAUGCGACUCAAAUUCGCCUUCCAGUGGUUCCUUCUCACCUCAGAAUGGCCCUCAACUGCUGUCCACCGGUAA